AAAGAAAACAGUGCAGGUUAAUAAUGGCAAGCCUUUCAUUAGCGAAGAAUCUCAUCUUUAACCUCUCGAGGUCGUUUCCUCAUUCCCAAGUUUCACUAUCUCUCAGACCCUCACUCAAAGUCUCCAGGGUCUGCUUCACCUCCGCCUCCAAAUUCUACGAGGGUCGAAAUGCGGCGGAGGAGAGGGAUUCAAAUUGUCAUCGGGCAUAUGCCGAUAAGGAUUGGAGGGAGAAGGAAACAGGGUACGACUCUGCUGAUGUGGGCAAGCACGCAAAAGAAACCAUGGAAGAAGGACUAGAAAAAACCAAGCGGCAAGCAGAGGAGAUGAAGGAGAGAACGAAGGAUUACACCUACGAAGCCAAGGAGAAGGCCAAAGAGGGAACUUAUAAGGCUUCAGAGACGGCGGAGAGUGCCAAGGACCAGGCAAAGGACUACGCUCAUGAUGCUAAGGAGAAGACAAAAGACAUGGCUGGAAGUGCAGCGGAGAAGGCGAAGGCGGGGACUCACAGGACGGUGGAUACUGCAGAUAGUGCCACGGAGAAGGCAAAGGAUUACGCUUAUGAUGCCAAGGAGAAGACAAAAGACAUGGCUGGAACUGUGGCCGAUAAGGCAAAGGAAGGAACUAACAAGAUGGCGGACACUGCAGGUGGCGCUAAGAACAAGGCGAAGGACACCGUUAACCAGGCAACUGAGAAGGCGGAAGGUAUGGCGGAGACAGUGGUGGAUAAGGUUAAGGGAGGAUCAGAAAAGGCCGCAGAGACAGUGAAGGAUACGGUGAAGGGCGCUUGGGAGGCAACUAAGGAGACAGGGCAGGCAAUAAAGGAGGCGGUGGUGGGCUCGGAUGAGCACGCGGGAGCGGUUAAGGUGGACACAUCAUCAGAUGAGGAUGAUGAUGAGGUGGUGUCUGGUGGGAAGGUGAUGGAUGCGGAUGUCAUUGAGCGGAGGCGCGCUGCGGGAUAUAAUCCCGAUGAGAAAGCUGGUGACAAGAAUUAACCUGAUCAUGACAAG